UGAUAAUAUGAGUACUCAUAUGAUACUCAGCUGUCUUGUAGGGAUGUGUUACAGUCCACUAGACGGUAUUUAUUUCUCAUGAGAUAGAUGUAUAUGUAUGUGCUUGGUGUGACGACAGAUAGUUGCACCUUUUAAGAGAUAGAGAGAAAUUGCCAAAAGUGCAUACACACGGCAACACGAUGGCGUCAAGCGACAAGAAAAAUAGCGAACGUUCUGGAAUUGAAAUCCAUUUGGAUGAUAUUCUAGAUUGCUUGCAUAUAAGAUAGAGUGAAAAGGUAUCAGAAUGAAAGAAUAGCAGUCGUAUCGUGAUAGAUUCUGGCGUCGCCUAAGAAGCGUUGAUGAUGAAAUUAUUUGGUUAAUCGUGAAAAGGACAGUUUGUGACAAGAACAUAACGCGAUAAAAUUUUGAGAAAUAUUUACUAGUAAAUAGAGAAAAUAUUUAUUAUUAUUUUGACGAGAGAUUGUUGAAAGACAACAGCAGAAUGGGAGGACAAGAUAUUUUGGAAAGUUUAUGCAAGUCAAUUUCGCGCAUCAUGGAAUACUGCCAACAUACCGAGUUCAAAAACGCAACACUGGAGCAAGUGAAAGUUCGCGCUGAGAAGCUGGAAGCUUAUUAUGGACGAUUUGUAGAUACACAUGAGAAGCAGUUGGAUCAAGAUGCUACACAAGCAAGUACAUAUGACGACAUCGCAGCUUUAGUGGAGUCGCGCUAUUUUACGGCACAAGCCCUGUUGGCUGUUAAGAUCAAGGAGCUCACACCUGUGUCAGCGCCAAUUUUGCAUGAGCAGCAGCCCUUCGCGGUCCAGGUAAACAUACCAUAUCAACAGCAUGACUUAAAAAAUACCUGGGGUAAUUUUGACGGAACAUUAACUAUGUGGCCUGGGUUCCGUGACCGGUUUUCCGCUGCCAUACAUGAAAAUAAGAAUGCACAAACACUCGGUGAAUGGCAGCUUACAAAUGAUAAUUAUAUAGAGGCAUGGGAGCGGCUCAAGCAGCUGUAUGACCGCAAAUAUCCAAUUUGUCGCGAACAUUUACGGCAGUUUAUUCGUUUGCCAGUUAUAGGAGGGGUCCCACGGGCUCAUGAACUUCAGCGAAUGUCCAAUGUGACACAUGAAGUGUUACGACAGCUCCGAGCUCAAGGAAUUUCGGUCGAUGCUUGGGAUAUGAUUAUAGUUCAUAUGCUGCAUGAAAGGUUAGAUCCAGAUACGAGUAAGCAGUGGGAGCUGCAACGAGAGACAGAAACACCGACUGUUAAACAAAUGCUAGAUUUUUUGGAUCGUCAAGCAGCUGCCUUAGUUAAUGUUGCAGAUCUACGUAAUUUACGACCACAAGAUGGCAAGGCAUUAAACAAUGGAAAGAGAGACAGGCUAUUAUCAACGCGUUUUGGGUCAGAUGGCAUAACGAGUAUUUGACAACACUACAGGAGUGCAAGAAGUGGCGACGAGAAUCGGAACGAGUGCGCUUAGGACAGUUGGUGCUAAUUAAGAGUAAAAAUUUUCCACCUGCGCAAUGGGCUAUAGGCCCUAUAAUAGAACUUCAUCCCAGUAGGGAUAAUUUGGUACGCUCAGUGGCAAUUGGAACUGCGACGAACAUUUUACACAGGCCAGUACAAAAGAUAUGUAUCCUGCCGAUAGACACAGAAGAGAAAUAGAAUCUGAGAACUGGCCAAGGGGUCAUAGCAUUAGAAAAACUGAUGGUUUUUCGGGGGGAUUGGUAAGAACUGAGCGAAUUUGGUGCGAUGUGGCAUCAACGAAAUGUCAAAAUAAAUGAAUGUCGAGAGCAAGAAGAAUGUAAGAAAUAAAAUGUAAGAGUAGUAGUAAUUUGAAUUCAGCCAAAUAAACAUCGUUGGGUUUUUAUACUAUUUUUCCCAACGUUAAAAAAUGUAUCUGAGUUUUAUUUUAAUAGUUCCUCUUAGAAGAAACA